UUUUCCAAGUACAAGAAAUCAAACAAUUUCGAGGAACAUUUCAAACAAUCAGUUGUCUUGUACCUUCGAUGUUAAGAAUCCAUCCGCCUCAAAUUUGGGAGCUUCUGUAGAAGGAUUUUCUCGAUCAUCGAUGGCAGCUACCACUGCAAUUGCCCAGCGAACUCCAUCCCUUUCAAUCUCAAGAUGUGCGUAUCAUGUGUUUUUGAGCUUUAGGGGUGAAGACACGCGCCAAAAAUUCACAGAUCACCUCUAUACAGCUUUAGUGCAGGCAGGUAUCCACACUUUCAGGGACGACGACGGGAUUGAGAGGGGCAAGGAUAUCGAGGCUGAGCUCCAAACUGCAAUCCAAUUGUCAAAAAUAUCCAUCGUCGUUCUCUCAGAAGACUACGCUUCCUCCCGGUGGUGCCUCGAUGAGCUCGUAAUCAUCAUGGAGCGAAGAAGAUCGAGUACUUCAGAGCAUUUUGUAAUCCCUGUAUUCCAUUAUGUGGAUCCGUCCAAAGUCAGGAAACAGACGGGGAAUUUUGCCGACGCUUUUGCUAAACACGAAGAGCGUUUUAAAGAGGAUAUGGAGAAGGUGGAGAAGUGGAGAGCAGCUCUUAGAGAUGUUGCAGGCUUAGGCGGAAUGGUUCUGCUACGGGAUAGGUCUGAAUCGCAGUUUAUUCAGAAAAUUGUUGAACAGGUUCAGAGAAAACUGAAUCGAGUUGUAUUGAAUGUUCCCUCCUACAUAGUUGGAACAGAUCAUAUUGUAAAUAAAAUUAAUUCAUGGCUCCAAGAUGGAGCUAAUGAUGUUGGCUUGGUGGUUAUCACAGGAAUUGGGGGAAUUGGUAAGACAACCAUUGCCACAAUUAUUUAUAACCAAAACUUCGGCAGAUUCCAAGCUAGUAGUUUUCUUGCCAAUAUCAGAGAAAAUUCAGCAGAACCUAAAGGUUUGAUUCACUUACAAAGCCAGUUUCUUUCAGAUUUGCUGAAGGAUCAAAAGAUCUAUGUACCCAAUGUCUAUGAAGGAACCUCCAAGAUUAAGGAUGCUCUAUGUUGUAGAAAAGUUCUUGUUGUUCUUGAUGAUAUAGAUGACAAGGACCAAGUAAAUGCGAUAAUAGGAAUGAGGGAAUGGUGUUAUCCAGGAAGUAAAAUCAUCAUAACAACUAGAUAUGAACAUCUGCUACAGUUUGAUGAGAUGUAUAAGGAAUUCAAGGUUGAAGGAUUGCAUGAUAAUGAAGCACUUCAGCUCCUCAGUUGGCAUGCCUUUGGGCAGGACAAUCCCAUUGAAUCUUACACGGAGUGCUCAAGAAAUAUCAUGAAGCACUGCCAUGGACUUCCAUUAGCUCUUCGAGUUUUGGGUUCUUCUCUCAGAGGCAAGAGCAUGGAUGUGUGGGAAAGUGAGCUGCAUAAAUUAGAAGUAGUUUUUAAUGACAAAGUUCAGAAAGUUCUUAGAAUUAGCUAUGAUUCGCUGCAAGAUGAUCAUGAUAAAGAUUUAUUUCUUGACAUUGCUUGUUUCUUUGUUGGGAAGAACAAGGAUUAUGUGGUUACAAUUCUAGAGAACUGUGGGUUUAUAACAACUGUUGGAAUUAAAAAUCUCAUUGACAGGAAUCUCUUAUCAGUUGAUGCAUUCAACAAAUUAAGGAUGCAUCAAUUAAUCAAAGAAAUGGGUAAGGAAAUUGUUCGCGAAGAGUCUCCUAAGAAUCCUGGAAAACGGAGCAGACUGUGGCAUGAUGCAGAUGCAUUUAAUGUAUUAAAAGAGAAAAUGGGCACGGAAAUUAUUGAGAGCCUGAACCUUGACCUGCAUAGGUUAAAGGAAAUCAACCAUUUAAAGACGCUUAGAAAUGUAAAUUGUACAGAGAGAUGUAGUGUUGAAGAUUCUACAUUAGUUCAUAGGAAUUCUGCAAAACAGUAUUGUUUUAGCCUUUUCACCUGGAAACCAAUGAACAAAACGACAGCAAGCUCAUUUCCUUCAUUUCAUGAGCUAGACUUGGAAACUGAUGCAUUCAGAAAUAUGCAUAGAUUAAAACUGCUCCAGCUUAACUAUGUGAAGUUUAUUGGAGGUUAUGAAAAUUUUCCUAAAGGUUUAGUAUGGCUGUGCUGGCAUGGUUUUCCAUUGGAAUCCUUACCGGCAGAGUUUUAUUUGAAGAAGCUAGCUGUUCUUGAUAUCCGCAAUAGUAAGCUCAAUCAUGACUGGAAAAGGGGCAAGUUUCUAGAAGAAUUGAAAAUCCUCAAUCUCAGUCAUUGCCAGAAGCUUGUCAGGACCCCUGAUCUUACAGGACUCCCCAAUCUUGAGAAAUUAAAGUUGAAGUACUGCACAUAUUUGAUUGAGAUUGAUGACUCAAUUGUAUGCCUGCAAAGACUUCUAUUCUUAAACCUUAAAGGCUGCAAAAAUCUCCAGAAACUUUCAAGUAAAGUUGGCAUGUUGAGAUCUCUUGAAGUAGUCAUUCUGAAUGGUUGUUCCAGACUUGAAAAGUUGCCUUCAAAUUUGGACAAAAUGGAAUCAUUGAAAGUACUUCUUGCAGAUGGAACUUCCAUAAAUCAAGCAAUAUAUUCGUCUCAAUCAUUGCUUUCAACAAUCAAGACCUCUUGGCUAUUUCGAAAAAGAAUUCCACGAUCUCCUAGUUUCUCAUUGGCCUCGUUGCCAUGUUCUCUUGUAAGCUUAAGUCUUGCAAACUGCAGUUUAUCAGAUGAUGCUAUUCCUAAUGAUCUUAGUUGCCUAUCUUGCUUGCAAGAUUUAAAUCUUGCAGGAAACCCAAUCUGCAGGCUACCAGAAAGUAUCAGCAGCAUCAAUACCCUUGUUUCCCUUUUUUUAAAUAGGUGUACAGAGCUCCAAUCUCUUCCAGAACUCCCAUUGAGUCUGAAAACGUUGGGUGUCAGCUGGUGCACAUCCUUGAAAAGGAUUGUUAAUCUACCAAAAAUUUCCAGGGAUUGCAGAUUUGAUUUGUUUGGUUGUACAGAACUAAUUGAGAUUCAAGGCUUGUUCAAGUUAGAGCCGGUGACAGACACAGACAUCGAUUUCAUCACGAAAUUGGCCUUGUUCAGUCCGGAAAUCAUCCACGACAUUGAAGUUGAUAUGUAUAAUAUUCUUACAUUUGAAACAAGAAAGGCCCCGGUCCAGGUAUUGCACGAACAUGGUAUAUCUAGCAUUUUCCUGGAAGGGAAGGAAGUUCCUGGUUGGUACAACCAUCUAAAUACGGGAUCUUCCAUUUCCUUCGAUCUAUGUCCACCUUUUGGUCAAAAGUUCAGUGGCUUAAACAUUUGCAUCGAAUACGGACACAAGGAUACACUGAAUCCUCAAAUUCCCCAUUAUUGUGAAAUCUGGGUUGAAACUGAAAGUGAUAAGUGGUGCUAUGGCCCAAGCUCUUAUGGAAUCCCUAGACUGAAUGAGAAUAUGUUAUGGUUAAGCCAUUGGAAGUUUGCGGACAAGUUGAAAGCUGGGGAUCAAGUGACUGUCUCAGUAAAAAUGAGUCCAUUUGAGGCAACCAACUGUGGCAUCCACUUCGUAUAUGAAUCAGAUGAUAAGGGCACUGAAAAGAUAGCACAAGACACCUGUCAUUGGCACCGGGCUCUUAGUUUCACGCACAGGGGUUUAUGUAACUUGCAAGAAAAGUGGGAGGCAGGGGUAGGAAUUGAUUCAUACAUUUACUACUACAUUUUCUAUUUCGGCUGCGUUAAUCUUGUUCGUCAGGGGAGAUGGAAACAUUUGGAAGGCAAUAGAUAGGUAAUAAGACUGGAAAUUUUAUGUCUGACUUUAUGAUGACAUAUCGUGCCACAGCAAAGAAACUCGGAUAUAUUUAUCUAAUCUGGAUUUGCAAGGCAGUGGAGAUGAUUUUUUUUGGGUUUAAGUUUUUAUUUUCUUAAAUUGGAUAAAAUUUUUAAUAGAUGAUAUCAAUUUAGAUUGUAA